AUGGAUCCCAAAUUUUCUUGCGACGUGAACAUGGAAAUUCUUUCAAGAACAUCCCUAAAGACUCUUGAUAUAACGCGUUGUAUCAACAAACAAUUCGAAAAACUCACAUACGACCCAGGUUUUCUCAACUUUUACAAGAAACGAAACAAAAUCGUAUCCGGUUUUCUAAUACAAACGGGUGGAAAUGGCUACGAGUUUGCACCAGGACCCGAAUCAAACAAUCUUGAUCUUGGUUUUCUACCACACGAUGCUAGAAUUCUAGCAUCUUCAGAGCAAGGAAUCAUGGUGUUCGAGAGUCCUCAUCCACAGCUUCAAGACUCCAUUGUUUACCAUGUUUGUAAACCUUCAUCUAAGCAGGUUUUGCCAUUGCCAUAUCCAAAAAACAGUUAUAUAACCGAUAAUGUUUACAUGGUUGUGGUGGGUUCGAAGCCAUUACAUUACAAAAUCGUUAGAUUAUCUGAACAUAAAAGCGAUACUGAUUAUGGAAAUGGGCGAUGCACAUCAUAUCAUUGUGAAAUUUUCGACUCAAGGGAAUGGACAUGGAGAGUAAAAGAUCAUGUAAUAUUGCCUUAUACUGUCUACAUCAUAUCUAACUAUCAAUGGAUCACCACAAGGGGCUCAAUCUACAUGUUAUUGUCGAACAAAGAAGUAUUGAAAUUUGAUGCAUAUUCUGAAGAAUGGACAACCUUUUCAUCACCUAUUCAAACCCUCUACUAUCCUUUUUCAGAAAAUCCUCGACUGAGGAAACUCGUAAAGUAUCAAGGCAAGUUGGGGUUCGCUUGUAUGACACCAAGUCUUCAUUCUUGGGAGAUUUGGGUUCUUACAGUUCAAUCAUGGGAGAAACUUCACGUUUUGGACAUGAAAAAAGAUAUUGCAAAAUUAUCACUAGUGGCGAUAUAUGAUGCAGACACGUGGGUUAUGAAUGAGUUCAAGACACUUGUAUUUUACAGUUUUAAAGAAGGUGGUUGUAUCAGUAAAGCCCGAAAGUCUUAUGGAGGUUAUUCUCCUAUUCGGAUCUUACCCUUCCGAUCUGAUUUUGAGCCAAUAGAUUUAAAGCCAGUAGAUUUAAAAGGUUGA